UUCCGUUCGCCAUCUAACGAACUUUCGCGGAAUAGGCGGUUCCCACUUCCAUCCAUGUCCAUUCCCCUUUUUCCUCUCCCCUUCGCUACUCGCCAACAGAAGAAAAACCCUCACCUCCACUCCCCCCUCGCCGGAGCCACGGCGACCCUCUCCACCCCCUGCCUUGCCGCCGGCGAGUGUCCUUGCGUGCGCCGCCGGUGAGCGGGUGUGGAUCCCAGCGGCGGCGCGAUCGGCCUUCGAAUCGAACUGAAAGCUGAACCCUCGUUGCCACUGCUGUGAACAUGUCCCAAAUUGAGAAGAUCGUAUGAGCUAUGGGGAAUUAUUAGGAUUCUUGGAGGCGGCGGCGGCAUAUGGUGUUCUUCCCGGAGGAGGUGGUGGAGCACAUCCUUGGGUUUCUAGCGUCGCACCGCGACCGCAACGCGGUGUCGCUGGUGUGCCGGGAGUGGUACCGCGUCGAGCGCCUCAGCCGCCGCUCGGUGCUCGUGCGCAACUGCUACGCGGCGCGCCCGGAGCGCGUGCACGCGCGCUUCCCCGGCCUGCGCUCGCUGAGCGUGAAGGGGAGGCCGCGCUUUGUCCCCGCGGGGUGGGGUGCCGCGGCGCGGCCAUGGGUGGCCGCGUGCGUCGCCGCGUGCCCUGGCCUCGAGGAGCUCCGGCUGAAGCGGAUGGUUGUCACUGAUGGGUGCCUCAAGCUGCUCGCUUGCUCAUUCCCCAAUUUGAAGUCGCUCGUCCUUGUUGGCUGUCAGGGGUUCAGCACUGAUGGGCUUGCUACUGUCGCUACCAAUUGCAGAUUUAUGAAGGAACUGGACUUACAAGAGAGUCUGGUGGAGGAUCGAGACUCUCGUUGGCUUGGAUGUUUUCCCAAGCCUUCUACAUUACUAGAAUCCUUGAAUUUUUCUUGCUUGACCGGGGAGGUGAAUAGUCCUGCAUUGGAAAUACUGGUUGCAAGGAGUCCAAAUCUUAGAAGCUUGAGAUUGAACCGUUCAGUUCCACUUGAUGUUUUGGCCAGAAUUCUUUGUCGCAGACCUAGGCUGGUGGAUUUAUGUACAGGAUCUUUUGUACGAGGCAAUAUUGUUGGUGCAUAUGCUGGGCUAUUCAAUAGUUUUCAACAUUGCAGUUUGCUGAAGAGUUUAUCUGGGUUUUGGGAUGCUACAAGCUUGUUUAUUCCAGUGAUUGCUCCUGUUUGCAAGAAUCUAACGUGCUUGAACCUUAGCUCUGCUCCAAUGGUCAGGAGUGCUUAUCUUAUUGAAUUUAUUUGUCAAUGCAAGAAACUCCAACAAUUGUGGGUGUUAGAUCACAUUGGUGAUGAAGGAUUGAAAAUUGUAGCCUCAUCCUGUAUACAGCUCCAAGAGUUGAGAGUAUUUCCUGCGAAUGCAAAUGCCAGAGCAAGCACUGUGACAGAGGAAGGGCUAGUUGCCAUAUCUGCAGGCUGUAACAAGUUACAGUCUGUGCUCUAUUUUUGCCAACGGAUGACAAACUCUGCACUGAUUACUGUCGCAAAGAACUGCCCACGAUUCACGUCCUUCAGACUGUGUGUUCUUGAUCCAGGAUCAGCAGACGCUGUGACAGGGCAGCCAUUGGAUGAGGGUUAUGGGGCAAUCGUACAGUCAUGCAAAGGCCUUAGACGGCUAUGUUUGUCUGGACUUCUCACAGACACAGUGUUCCUCUACAUUGGCAUGUAUGCUGAGAGGCUGGAGAUGCUUUCUGUAGCAUUUGCAGGAGAUACCGACGAUGGCAUGACCUACGUGCUCAAUGGCUGCAAAAAUCUCAAGAAGCUGGAAAUCAGGGACAGUCCUUUUGGUGACAGCGCGCUUCUUGCAGGCAUGCAUCAGUACGAGGCAAUGCGCUCACUCUGGUUGUCGUCGUGUAAUGUCACCCUGGGGGGUUGCAAGUCUCUUGCAGCAAGCAUGGCAAACCUCAACAUCGAGGUCAUGAAUAGAGCAGCAAGUAUCAAUGAGGCAGACAAUGCUAAUGAUGCAAAGAAGGUGAAGAAGUUGUAUAUUUACAGGACAGUUGCUGGACCGAGGGGUGAUGCGCCUGAAUUCAUCUCAACGUUCUAAAUCCAUAUAUUUUUGAAGUUGAAGGUUUGUUCUUCGACAACCACCUUUUGUUUAUAUCAUACUCUGCUACGUCGAGUUGAUCUACAUGUUCUAAAGAUCUAUCUAUCUUCACGGUCGAAGGGAUCUUCUAGGAUUAUUUUGUGUAAAUUCCUUUGCUAUCACCUCUGCUAUGUCAUUAUCUUCCAGCAGUGCUACACUUAUGAUUAAUCUCCAAAAUUGAAACUCUAUAGUUAUGGUUAACUUGGCAGAUUGAUUACACAUCAUGGUAACAUCUAAGCCUUGUAAUACCAUAAUUCUAGCAAGUCAUAUGCGUGGUUCAUCUUCAUGUAUAUACGAUUUCAUAUCGAUGCUCUCAUGUAAUGUCUGGGAAAUUUGAAGUGCCAAAUUGUUACUUUUCUGAGUCGAAAGAUAUGAUCAGUUAAGCCUGAUGAACA